CAAGAACGUUGAAUGUACUUUUGUUAUUGACCAUUUGCAAAUGGUCAAGAGUUGGUGAUUUUUUUCCAAAAUAAUAAAAUCUUUCACAUCUUCAUAAACACCACAAAAACAUCUCCCAUUAUCAUUUUCAUCUCAACGUUAAGUGCAUUCUAUCUCUUCCCUCUCACUUUAUUUUCUUUCAUCUUGUUUGAUCCAAUAGCCAUGACAGCACGCUCAUCAUCGUCACCUAGAAGAAACCACCAAUAUCCUAUCGAUGACCAUGACUUGAUCAGCAAACUCCCAGACGAGUUAUUGCAAAUGAUUCUUUCAAAAUUGUCCAUCGAAGAAGCUGUAAGAACAAGUGUUUUAUCGUCACGUUGGGUGGAUGUGUGGAAAUGGAGGUCUCAUCUCGUCCUCGACAUGAACAAGGUCUUGGAUACAACCCCAGAUAAAGAUUUGGCCUAUGUUUCUUUUAAGUUGGCUAGAUCAAUGACUAAGGUUAUAAAGAAUCACCACCGUGGCCAUCUAGAAAGUUGCAUUAUUCACUAUGACGUAUUACAGUGUAAGAAUGCUACGCUCCAAAGUUGGAUCCACACAGCGACUCAAUUGAAACACACAAAAAUUCUCACACUUACAAACCGUAUGCCUGGUUAUCUAAGGGGUUACAAAAUAACUAGUUAUCUCCGCUUGCUCCCAGAUACAUUCUCACAUCAUAGCCUCACUUCACUGUCACUUUGUGGAUUUUUGGUAAUAACUCCACAUGCAUUUGGCAAUUGCGAGAACCUUAAGACCCUUAAGCUUUUAAACAUAGCCAUCCCACAAGCUAGUGACCUUAGCGAAGUUUUAGCAGCUUGCACCUCCCUCGAGGUGAUUGUGUUGCAAGUCAAUUUCCUUAGCCAAUAUGGUGUGUUGAAGAUUGAGAACAACAACUUGAAGUUCUUGCAAGUGACUUUCCCGUAUGAGAUUGAUAGGAUCGAAGUGUAUGCAACUUGUCUAGACGUGCUCGACAUCAGGUUUAUCAAAGGUAAGAGAGAGAACUUCAUCCUCGCUGGUCCCAACAUCCAGGUUAACAAAAAUGCUUGGGUGAGUGAUCACGGUAUUCAUACGCCUCACCUCUUCUAUAAUGUAUCAUCAUAUCUCGCUCAGGAGAAAAAAAUCAUUUGCCGUGAGCUUUUGGUGAGUGACUUUCAUGAUAUGAGACGGGAUGGGUCUUUAUCAGUGACUGUAGAUAUAACUGAUCCGAAAGAAGUGGAGAUAGUGAAGGAAGUUUUGCUUAUGUGGGCUACUAACAAGAUGAUAGAGCUUGAGAUAUUUUUCAAGAACAAGAAAGCUCCUAGAGAUGAAGGUGAAUGUUCUACUAACAACAGAACACAUAAAAUUUUGUUGGAGGAUGCAAAACCGUUCCCUAACGCUGCUUUCCGCGUUUAUAACGUGCGGUUGUAUAAUUUCGACGGUUCGAAUGAGGAAGAGUUUGCGUUCGCUUCCCGUUUGGUGACGCAAAAGACGGUGGUUAGGAAGAUGAUGAUUGAGACCUCGUCGUUUCAUCCGAUGAAGAAGUUGAAUGCAGAAGCAGCUGUGGCCAAGUUGAUGGAACUUCCUAAAGGUUACAAACGUCUUCGUAUUGAAUGCUUCUGA